CUUUUUGCUUCUCUGCGCCCAGAGCUCCAGUCCUUCUCUUCACUGCUCUGCGUCCUCUGCUCCUGGAGGCCAAGCCUCUGUGGCCUUGUGUCCUGAAAGUAUUCGCAGAUUUAUGGCUAAAAGACCGGGACGCCCUGGAAGCCGAGAAAUGGGACUGUUGACAUUCAGAGACAUAGCUAUAGAAUUUUCUCUGGCGGAAUGGCAAUGCCUGGAUCAUGCUCAGCAGAAUUUAUAUAGAGAUGUGAUGUUAGAGAACUACAGAAACCUGGUCUCCCUGGGUAUUGCUCUCUCUAAGCCAGACUUGAUCACCUGUCUGGAGCAAAAUAAAGAGCCCCAGAAUAUAAAGAGAAAUGAGAUGGUAGCCAAACACCCAGUUACAUGUUCUCAUUUCACCCAAGACCUUCAGUCAGAGCAGGGCAUAAAAGAUUCACUCCAAAAAGUGAUACUGAGAAGAUAUGGAAAAUGUGGACAGGAGAAUUUACAAGUAAAAAAAUGCUGUAAAAGUGUAGGUGAGUGUGAGAUGCACAAAGGAGGUUAUAAUUAUGUUAACCAAUGUUUGUCAGCUACCCAAAACAAAACAUUUCAGACUCAUAAAUGUGUCAAAGUCUUUGGUAAAUUUUCAAAUCCCAAUAGACACAAGACAAGACAUACUGGAAAGAAACAUUUCAAAUGUAAAAACGAUGGCAAAUCAUUUUGCAUGCUUUCACGCCUAAAUCAACAUCAGAUAAUUCAUACUAGGGAGAAGUCUUACAAAUGUGAAGAAUGUGGCAAAUCCUUUAACUGCUCUUCAACCCUUACUAGACAUAAAAGAAUUCAUACUGGAGAGAAACCCUACAGAUGUGAGGAAUGCGGCAAAGCUUUUAGCUGGUCUGCAUCCCUUGCUAAACAUAAGAGAAUUCAUACCGGAGAGAAACCUUACACAUGUGAAGAACGUGGCAAAGCCUUUAGCCGCUCAACACUUACUAACUACAAGAGAAUUCAUACUGGAGAGAAACCCUACACAUGUGAAGAAUGUGGCAAAGCCUUUAGCCGCUCCUCAACACUUACUAACCACAAGAGAAUUCAUACUGGAGAGAGACCCUACAAAUGUGAAGAAUGUGGCAAAGCCUUUAGCUUAUCCUCAACCCUUAAGAAACAUAAGAUAGUUCAUACUGGGGAGAAAAUCUACACAUGUGAAGAAUGUGGGAAAGCCUUUACCUUCUCCUCAACUCUAAAUACUCAUAAGAGGAUUCAUACUGGAGAGAAACCCUACACUUGUGAAGAAUGUGGCAAAGCCUUUAGCUUACCCUCAACCUUCACUUACCACAGGAGAAUUCAUACUGGAGAGAAACCCUACAAAUGUGAAGAAUGUGGCAAAGCCUUUAACUGCUCCUCAACCCUUAAGAAACAUAAGAUAAUUCAUACUGGAGAGAAACUCUACAAAUGUAAAGAAUGUGGGAAAGCCUUUACCUUCUCCUCAACUCUAAAUACUCAUAAGAGGAUUCAUACUGGAGAGAAACCCUACAAAUGUGAAGAAUGUGACCAAACUUUUAAGUGGCAUUCAAGUCUUGCUAAUCAUAAGAAUAUGCAUACUGGAGAGAAACCCUACAAAUAUGAAUAAUGUGGUAAAGGCCAGCCCUCAGGCCUUAUAAUACAUAAAAUAAUUUAUACUGGAAAAAAUCACUACAAGUGUGGAGAAUGUGGCCAAUUCUUUAACCAGUUCCAAACCACUGCUGUCCAUAAAAUAAUUCAUAUUGGACAAAAAUCUUAUAAAUGUAAAAAAAAGAAAAGUAACAGCCUUUAACCACCCCUCAAACCUUAAUGAACCCAAGAGAAUUUAUUUAAAAAAAUUUUUUUGAGACAGAGUCUCACUUUGUCACCCAGGCUGGAGUGCAGUGGCACGAUGUCAGCUCACUGCAACCUCUGCCUCCUGGGUUCAAGCGAUUCUCCUGCCUCAGCCUCCUGAGUAGCUGGAAUUACAGGCACGUGCAACCACACUGGCUGAGUUUUGUAUUUUUAGUAGAGAUGGGGUUUCACCAUUUUGACCAGGCUGGUCUCAAACUCCUGACUUCAGGUGAACCACCUGCCUCAGCCUCCCAAAGCCUAAGAGAAUUUAUAUUAGACUCUACAAAGGUCAAAAAUGUGACAAAACAUUUAAGCACAUCUCAGGCCUUACACAAUAUCAGAUAAUUCAUUCUAGAGACAAACUCUACAAAAACAAUGUGGUAAAGCUUUUACCUAGUCUUGAACCCUUAUUAUACACUAAAAGAAUUGAUACUGAAGAAAAACCCUACAAUAAGGAAUAUGGAAAUAUCUUUUAAAAGUCCUCAAACUUUUUGUUUGAAUAAAUGUAAAAUAAUUGUUACUGGAGAGAACCCCUGCAAUUGUAAAAAAAAAAAAUGUGGCAAAGCUCUUAACUGGUUCUCCAUCUUUAUUAAUUAAAAUAUUUUAUACUGGAGAGAAACUCUACAUACAUAAAAAAUGUGACAGCAUUUAACCAUACCUGACAUUUUUCUAAAAUAGAGAAAUCAUACUGGUGAAAAACUCUAGAAAUGUGUUAAAUGAGGUAAGGCCUUUAAAUGGUAGUUACAUGUUAUGGUAGGUAAGAUAAUUUAUACUGAAGAAAACUCAGACAAAUAUGAAAAAUGUGGCAAAACUGUUAACAAAUUUUCCCAUCUUAUUGCACAGGAAGGCAUUUAUACUAGAGAAAGAUUGUAAAAAUAUAAAGAAUGUGAAAAGCCAUUAACAUCUGUUCAUAUCUUACUCAAUAUCAGAAAGUUUAUACUUAACAAAAGCAUUAUAGGCUAGAUGUGGUGGCUCAUGCCUGUAAUCUCAGCACUUUGGGAGCUCAUGGCAGGUGGAUCAUGAGGUCAGGAGUUCAAGACCAGCCUGGCUAACAUGGUGAAUCCCCAUCUCUACUAAAAACACAAAAAUUAGACAGGCAUGGUGGUGUGCACCUGUAAUCCCAGCUACUCAGGAGGCUGAAGCAGGAGAAUUGCUUGAACCCAGGUGGUGGAGGUUGCAGUGAGUCAAGAUCACCCCACCAUACUCCAGCCUGGGUGACAGAGCAAGAAUCCAUCUUAAAAAAAAAAAAAGCGUAAAUGUGAUUACUGUAAAAAGACCUUUCAGAAAAUAUAGGCCUUUAAAGUAAAGACUAUUUAUUCUAAAGACAAACAUUAAAACAUAAAGAGGAUUGUGUAGUACCUUUAUUUGUAUUACGGAUUUUAUUGUACACAUUUUAUAUCAAAGGAAAACCCUGAAACAGAUGCUCAAACUUUGUUGAACAUCGGAGAAUUUGUAUUGGAGAGAAAGUGUAAAUGAAUGUCAAAAAAUAUUUGUUCAAAAACUACAGUUUAGAAAACUAGUUUAUACUAAAAAAAAUUUUUGCAGAUGCAGUAAAUGGGGAAAAUAUAUUUAAUCAAAAAUUAAGUCUACAUAAACAUUUGAGGAUUCAUAGUAGAAAGAAUGAAGGUGCUGAAACUUCAGACAUUACACUAAAUCGGAGUGUUGAGUCUAAAAAAGAUAUAAAUCUAACAAUAUAAAUUUAAAGAAGUAGAUUUAUUUGGAGAUUAUAAUUACAUUCGAGGUAUGCUUCUUUCUUUGUAAAAAAAGAUAUAGAUUUUCUGAAAAGCAAAUAGUAAUGUAACUCAAGUUUCAAAUUACUUCAUGUUGAUCCUUUCUUCCCAUUGUUUAUGUGAAAGUAUUGGACCAAUUGUUGAAUCAGAGAUAUGAGAUUGUUUUUUAUAGGUGUCCAUUAUUCAUGAACUUUUCUAUGGAUGAGUAAGGACAUUAAGUUGUAAGAUGCAUAAUGAAAAUCUAAAUGGAGAGGUUCUUUGUGGUUGACUUAUAACAUUGUUUUAGUGAUGUAUAAGGCGAGUGUUCAGAGUAAUAUUCUAAAUUCUAGUGAGGAAAAUCUUUGAAUGUCAGUAGUAAAUUAUUUUAUCAAUUGUACCUUUAUGUAAACAAGGUUGUUUUUUAAUGAGCUAAAACUAUUGUGCUUUGAAAGAAGUAUUAAGCUGCCAUUGACUCUAUCGUGUCUCAUCUUAAGGUUCUGCAUAAAAGAUGGUGACAAUAUACUAUUUGUUAAUGUAGGGGAAUGACAUCACUAGUAAUCUCUUUUUUUGCCAGUGUUUUUGUUUGUUUGGUUUGAGACUAAGUCUUACUCUGUCACCCAGACUGGGGUGCAGUGGUGCGAUCUCAGCUCACUGCAACCUCCACCUCCUGGGUCCAAGUGAUUCUCCUGCUUCAGCCUCACAAGUAGCUGGAACUAGAGGCAUGCACCACCACUCCUGGCUAAUUUUUGUAUUUUUAGUAGAGACGGGGUUUCCCCAUGUUGGCCAGGCUGGUCUCAAACUCCUGACCUCAGGUGAUACACCCACCUCGGUGUACCAAAGUGCUGGGAUUACAGGCAUGAGCCACCAUGCCUGGCCUGCUAGAGGUUUUAAACAGCAAACAAGUUGAAGAAUUUUGUUCCCAUAGGACAAAUUUGUACUUUUUUACCUUAUUUAAUUUUUUUUUAUUUUUGUGGGUAGUGUGCAUACACACUUAUGGCAUAUAUGAGAUAUUUUAACACAUGCACAUAAUAUUUAAUGAUCACAACAGAGUAAAUGAGGUAUUCAUCACCUCGAGCAUGUAUUUAUCCUUUGUAUUACAAACAAUCCCAUUGUACAGUUUUAGUUAUUUCAAUAUGUGCAAUUGAAUUACUAUUAACCACAGGGUCAUUUUAUGAUCAUAAAAAUUACAUGAGUAUAAUUAAUACCCAUACAUUUCUGAGUCUUGAUUAAACAUUUUUAAAAUUUUGUUUUAUAUAAUUUUUGCACAUGUGGCAUCUCUGCUGACGAACAAAAACAGACUUUUAGUUUCAAUUUACAUAGAGUUACAUAUACAAAUAUAUUACUCUAAAGAUAUACCAGCCGAGCACAGUGGCUCCCAGCAUUUUGGGAGCCUGAGGUGGGAGGAUCAUUUGAGGUUAGGAGUUCAAGACCAGCCUGGCCAACAUGGUGAAACCCCAUCUCUACUAAAAAUACAAAAAAUUAGCUGGGCAUGGUGGUGCAUGCCCAUGGUCCCAGUUACUCAGGAGGCUGAGGCAGGAGAAUUGCUUGAACCUUGGAGGUGGAGGUAGCAGUGAGCUGAGAUGGUGCUACUGCACUCCAGCCUGGGUGAAAGAGUGAGAAACCAUCUCAAAAUAAAUAAAUAAAUAAAUAAAAGAUAUACCUUAAGCAU